CUUACAAGUUUCCUGCCUCUGUGGCUACUAGCCAAGUAAAAAACAUUGCGGUAGAGGUAAGCCGUAGUGGUCGAAUAACCUACGUUGCCGAAAUAGAACCAGUAAUUUGCCAAGAAAAGUAUUGUGAAGAAACUUUUGGAGGUAUUGAUGAAGAAUUGCCUUCUAUUCAAAAAGAAAUGGAAAAAUUUACUAAAAAAAUUAACAGAACACCAGUAGAUAAUUUAUCCUCCGUUAUUGAAGAAGCCCAAAAGGAAAGUUUUAAUGCGGCUUGGAAACAAAUGAAGGUUAAUUAUGGUGGGGAAGAACCUCCCUAUUUCAGUGCUAGGGCUAUUUAUAAAAUCAACUUUCCUCCUUCUCUUUGGAAUGAACUAACAGAAAAACAACAAGAAUCAGCCAAAAAAGACGGACAUGUGCGCGGGGAACAAAAUCCUAAUAAUCCUGCCGAACUAGAUAAUAAUUCCCUUUUUUAUGGAGCACCCCGCACCGGUAAAUCAAUUAUGGCUGAAAAACUUGCUUAUGAAGCCGAUAUAUAUCCAUUAGUAGUUAUUCAAGGUUCAACCUUAACUCCUAACAAGUCUGAUACCAAUGCUAAUGUCACGCUUUUGUUAAAAUUUAUCUUUACUGUUAGUGCUAUUACUCACGAUUUAGUGAAUAAUUUUGGUUAUGAAAGAGAUAAAGAAGAUGGGGAAGCUAGCACUAAUCCUAACGCUGAAUAUGAACCAGAAAAGGACGAAGAAAAUGACGAGCAAGAGGAAACUAAUGAUGACAAGGAAAAAAAAGACAAAAAAAGAAAAUUAGAAUUAAAAGGUAAAACCAUAGACCAAGCCAGAGAAGAUAACAAAAAAGCCCAAGCCGAAGCCGAUGAUUGA